AUGGAUUUGGGGGAACUGUGGGCCAUCUUCGGGUCAGGCAUCGCCGGGGCAGUCUUCGGCGCCGGUUGGUGGUUUUGGGUGGACGCCGUCGUUUGCAGCUCCGUUAAGGUCUCCUUCCUCCACUACUUCCCCGGUCUGUCAUCUCUCUCAUGUAUAUUUGCGUCAUUGGCCGCUUUGAUGUUCAACUGCGUUAGAAAGGAGGACAUAGACUACUCUCCAUACGAGGAAGGGGAGUGGAGUGAGGUGGUUGAAGUAGCUUCAGUUAAUGAGCUCUGGUACUCACCUUUUGAAGACUUGUCUGACACAACAAAAAUUUAUGAAAAGUUGAAGCUUUGGCUUUUUGUCGCUUAUGUCGUAUCUUUUGUCUCUGUGGCGGCUUCAGUUGGCCUAUUGAUACAAGAUGCACUCGUUAAAUCAGGCCUCUCAGCGUGGACAGGAGUUGCUGGUGUUUUGCAAUGUGUGUUUAUAUUAAUCAGGUAA